AUGACGCGGAUUAUCAGAUCCAGCUCCCUUCUCGCUUUCCUCGCUUUGCAGAUUUGCUUGAUCUUCUUUGUUUCCACUCUCCCAUGCGCUUCUGGGUCUGAGGAUAGUUACACCAUCACUGGUAGAGUGAGAAUUCCACCAAGCAGCGUGAUUGGUCACACAGCAAAAUUCUCAAAUGUCGAAGUUAUACUCAACGGUGGACAGAGUGUUACAUUUCUCAGGCCUGAUGGAUACUUUACUUUCCACAAAGUGCCUGCUGGGACUCAUUUGAUCGAAGUAUCUGCAAUGGGCUACUUCUUUUCUCCGGUACGAGUAGAUGUUAGUGCUCGUCACCGUGGCAAGGUUCAAGCUACAUUAACAGAAACCAGGAGGAGUCUUACUGAGCUGGUUUUGGAGCCAUUAGCAGAAGAGCGAUACUUUGAGAUUCGAGAACCAUUCUCUGUUAUGUCAAUAGUGAAAAGUCCGAUGGGUCUCAUGGUGGGAUUUAUGGUUGUGGUUGUGUUCUUGAUGCCGAAACUGAUGGAGAACAUAGAUCCAGAGGAGAUGAAGCAAGCACAAGAGGAAAUGAGGAGACAAGGCGUGCCUUCGCUCUCGAGCUUGUUGCCAAGCGCUGGGGCUAGUCGUUAA